AUGGAAACUAGUAGCAAUAGUAGUGGCUCAUCAUCCUCACCACCGUCACAACACCAACAACAACAACAACAAAAUUCACAAUUAAAUUUAUCAUCUCAGUCAUGCUUUUCAAAUAAUAGUAGUUCAGCAGCUGAUUUUAAUAACUAUAUGGAAUCAAAAUUAUCAGAAGAAAAUAAUUAUUAUAAAAAUUUCAAUAGUAAUUUGGAUAGAGGAGAUAGUUUCAAAUUGGAAAAGGAAUCAAUCAAAGAUACAAUUAAAGAUAAUAUUAAAGAAGAUAAAAUUUGUAAUGAUAAUAACAAUAGUAGUAGUAGUAGUAGCAGUAGCAGUAGUGGUAAUAAUAAUAAUAAUAUAAAAGAUGGAAGAGCUCCUUCACCAAUUACUACCCAACAAAUAUCACCAAAUAAAUUAAUAUUAAAUACAACUAAAGCAAUAACAAAGCCAACGCCAAUAUUGAAUACACAACAAACACCCACCACAACAGCAACAACAAAUACAAGUACAUCAACAACAAAUUCAACGCCAAGUAAAUUUAAAAAGAUUAAAAACUCAACAAUUAAUCCAACUAUUGAAUUUAUAAGUAAACCAAGUUUAUCAGUAAUGUUUGGAUUUAGUCCAAUCUAUUUUGUGGAAUCAAUUUUCAUUGUGUUGUUAAUAUAUAUACUUUCAAACUUUGUACUUAAAGAGACAUCAGUUUAUGUCAUCUCUAUAUUUGUCAUAUACUUUGUAAUAUAUUUUGAUAAUAGAUAUCAAAUCAUAAAUAAGUUAAGUAAAUCUUCAAUAAAUGAUAGCGAUAGUAGUAGUAAUAAUAAUAAUAAUAAUAAUAAUACUACCACAACUAAUAAUGAUAGUGCAUCAACAAAAGGUAAUAAUAAUAACGAAAUCUCAAGUCCAGAAACUUACCAAAAAGAUGUUAAAUCUAAAAUUAAUUUUUAUGAACAUGUAAAUAUAAGCUCAACCAAUUUAAAUAAUGUAAAUACAACAUCAAAUACACCAAUAACGAAUCCUUCAAAUGUAAAUCAACCUUCAAAUAUAACAACAGCAACAACAGCAACAACAACAUCCACCAACAAUAAUAAUAAUGUCAAUAAUAGUAUUAAUAAUAAUAAUAAUAAUAAUAAUAAUAAUAAUAAUAAUAAUAAUAAUAAUAAUAAUAAUAAUAAUAAUAAUAAUAAUAAUAAUAAUAAUAAUAAUAAUAAUAAUAAUGGCAAUAAUAAUGGCAAUAAUAAUGGUAAUAAUAAUAAUAUACUAUCAAAAGAGAAUAGUACAAAUAGUUUAUUAAAUAAUUUAAUAUUAAAUAAUACUAGUGUUGGUAAAACUCAUAAUAGAUCAUCAUCAGGUUCAGAUAGUAUUCAACCACCACCAUUACCAACUGGUGGUUCAUCACAUAAUAUAUUUUAUUCAGCAUUCCCUACUCAUCCAUACACUGAUAUAGACCAAUCAUCAACUUAUAGAACUAGAACAUUUGGUAGUAGUUCUAUAAAUAAUAGAAAAAGUUUACCACCUGAAUAUUAUAAUCAAUAUUUAAAUUUCUUAGCUCAUUCAAAUAAUAAUAAUAAUAAUAAUAAUAGCAAUACAAAUAAUAAUAAUAAUAAUCAAUCAGUAUCAGCACCAGUUAGUCAAUUAGCAACACCAGUUUAUCAAACACCAGGUACAAAUAGUGUUGUUGGUAAUUUAGAAAAUGAUAAUGAAAAUAAUAAUGAUAGUUUCUCAGAUAUUAAUGAUAAUAAUAGUGUUGUUGGUAAUGAUUUUGAACAAGAUGAUCAAAUUUUACAAAAUAAUGGAAUAUCAACAACUACAUCAACAAUUGUACCAACUAAUGAUGAAACUAAACAAGAAUUAUCACAAUUGGAGAACAGUAAUAAAGUAAGAAGUACUGUUAGUAAGUUUAUAAAAUUAUCAACUGGUGUUGAAGAGAAGUUGGAUUGGGCCAUUGCUCAACAAUGUACUUUACAACCACCAAGAUCUUCACACUCUGUCACUGUUUAUGGUUCAUCAUUGGUAUUGAUUGGUGGUGAAGGUAUAACUGGUGAGAAUUUAGUUCAAUUCAUCGAUGUAGAGAGAAACCUAUUCAUAUCACCAAAAGUAACCGGUGGUAAAGUUGGCCCAGAGUCAAUUUAUAAUCACGACUAUUGUAGAAUUGGUAAUAAGUUUUACUUGUUUGGUGGUUAUGUAGCUGGCAAAUUAUCAAAUAAAUUGUAUGUUUUAACCAUUAUGGAUGAUAGUACAGUACAUUGGUCAUCACCUAGAAUUAGUGGUGGUUGUAUACCUUCACCAAGAUAUGGACAUACUUUCACUCGUUAUGGUAAUAGAUUCUUAUUGUUUGGUGGCUACGAUGGUGAACAAUGUUUAAAUGAUCUCUAUAUAUUAGAGCCAGAAACAAUGUGUUGGUCAACCGUUACAAACAUUAAAGGAGGUCAAACACCAUCUGAAAGAUUUGGUCAUACAAGUACAAUUUUAGGGGAGAAAUUAAUAAUUUUCGGUGGUAAAGGUAUAAAUAAUAAUAAUAAUAAUAAUAAUAAUAAUAAUAAUAAUAAUAAUAAUAAUAAUAAUAAUAAUAAUAAUAAUAAUAAUAAUAAUAAUAAAGGAUUGGUCGAAUUAAAUGAUACCCAUAUUUUAUUAUUAAAUGAAAUUGAUUCAAGUUUUCAGUGGCAAGUUGCAAGUUUUCAUCAAGUUUCAGAGAUACCAUCAGAAAGAUCAUUUCAUUCAGCAACACGUGUCGGUAGAAAUAUCGUUAUGGUUGGUGGUAAAAAAGAUGAUUCAAAUGGUAAUCCAAUUGCAUUAAGAGAUUGUUGGGUAUUAUCAUAUCGUAUGCAAUGGUCAAAAGUUUCUGGUGUUCAAUUCUCUCCACCACGUUAUAAUUUUGGUUUAAUUAAAAAUGGUAGUAAAUUAUUUAUAUUAGGUGGUAAAGGAAAUAAUAAUAAUAUUAAUAAUAAUAGUAGUAGUGGUGGUAAUAAUAGUAGUAGUAGUAGUGGUAAUAGUAAUACUAUCAUUACAAAUACAACCAACACUACUAAUAAUAAUAAUAAUAAUAAUAAUAAUAAUAAUAAUAAUAAUAAUAAUAAUAAUAAUAAUAAUAAUAAUAAUAAUAAUAAUAAUAAUAAUAAUAAUAAUAAUAAUAAUAAUAAUAAUAAUUUAUCAAUAUUAGAUGAUAUUUGGUUUGUAAAUACAGUAACACUACCAAUAUCAUCAUCAGUUACAAUGAUAAAUUAUUCAGAUAUUAAAAUUGAUAAAGAGAUUGGUAAAGGUCAUUUUAGUAAAGUUUUAAAGGGUAAUUGGAAAGGUAAAGAUGUUGCAGUAAAGAAAUUAAAUUCAAAUAAAGAUAAAGCAAGAGAAGAAAUGAUUCAAGAGUUUAAAGCAGAGGUUGAACUAUUGGGUAGUUUACAACAUCCAAAUUUGGUGACAUGUUAUGGUUAUUCGUUGAAUCCAAUGUGUAUAGUUAUGGAAUUCUUACCAAGUGGUAAUCUAUUUGAAUUAAUCCAUUCAAAACCAUCAGAACAACAACAAUCAAUUAAAUUGGAUAGUACAUUGAUAUUGGCUAUAGCUUUCGAUAUUGCACGUGGUAUGCAACAUUUACAUACGAGAAAUAUAAUUCAUAGAGAUUUAAAAUCAAGUAACCUUUUAAUGGAUAAACAUUUCAAUAUUAAAAUCGCAGAUUUAGGUAUCGCCAGAGAAACUUCAUUCACUCAAACUAUGACUACAAUUGGUACAGUGGCUUGGACUGCUCCAGAGAUUCUUCGUCAUGAAUCUUAUAAUCAAAAAGCUGAUGUUUAUUCUUAUGCAAUCGUCCUAUAUGAGCUAUUAACUGGUGAAGAACCAUAUCAAGGUAUUCCUCCAAUGAAUGCUGGCAUUUUAGUUGCUUCAAAAGGUUUAAGACCAGAAUUACCAGAUAAUUGUGAUCCAAAUUGGAAGAAAUUAGUAGUUUGGUGUUGGUCUGAAGAUCCAAAUAAAAGACCAUCUUUUGAAGAAAUUACAAAUUAUUUAACUAAAACUUUUUAA